AUGGCCAGCAAGUCCACCGUGAGGACCCAGACCAGCGUCAGCCGCUGCGGCUUCAGCACCAGCUCCGCCAGACUCCCCAGGGGCAGCCACUCUGGCUUCAGCAGUGUCUCCGUGUCCCGCUCCAGGGGCGGCGCGGGGCUCGGGGGGGCGUGUGCAGGCGCUGGCUUUGGAAGCCGCAGCCUCUAUGGCCUGGGGGGCUCCAGGAGGAUCUCCGUGGUGGGUGGCAGCUGCGGCGUCGGAGGCGGGUACGCCAGCAGAUUUGGAGGCGGCUAUGGCUUCGGAGGUGCAGCCGGCAGCGGAUUUGGUUUCGGCGCGGGCAUGGGGGGCGGCUUGGGGCUCGGCGCUGGAGCUGGUUUUGGCGGCGGCUACGGGGGCGCCGGCUUCCCCGUGUGCCCCCCUGGAGGCAUCCAAGAGGUCACGGUCAACCAGAGCCUCCUGACGCCCCUCAACCUGCAAAUCGACCCCACCAUCCAGCGCGUGAGGACGGAGGAGCGCGAGCAGAUCAAGACCCUCAACAACAAGUUCGCCUCCUUCAUCGACAAGGUGCGCUUCCUGGAGCAGCAGAACAAGGUCCUGGACACCAAGUGGACGCUGCUGCAGGAGCAGGGCACCCGGCCCGCGAGGCAGAGCCUGGAGCCGCUGUUCGAGCAGUACAUCAGCAACCUCCGGAGGCAGCUGGACAGCAUCCUCGGGGAGAGGGGCCGCCUGGACUCGGAGCUGCGAGGCAUGCAGGACCUGGUGGAGGACUACAAGAAGAAAUAUGAAGAGGAAAUCAACAAGCGCACAGCGGCCGAGAACGAGUUUGUGACUCUGAAAAAGGACGUGGACGCCGCCUACAUGAACAAGGUGGAGCUGCAGGCCAAGGUGGACGGUCUCACUGACGAGAUCAACUUCCUGAGAGCCUUCUACGACGCGGAGCUGUCCCAGAUGCAGACCCACGUCUCCGACACAUCCGUGGUGCUGUCCAUGGACAACAACCGGCACCUGGACCUGGACAGCAUCAUCGCCGAGGUGAAGGCGCAGUACGAGGACAUCGCCCAGAGGAGCCGCGCCGAGGCCGAGGCCUGGUACCAGACCAAGUACGAGGAGCUGCGGGUUACCGCCGGCAGACACGGGGACGACCUGCGCAACACCAAGCAGGAGAUCGCGGAGAUCAACCGCAUGAUCCAGAGGCUGAGGUCUGAGAUCGACCACGCCAAGAAGCAGUGCGCCUCCCUGCAGGCGGCCAUCGCCGACGCCGAGCAGCACGGGGAGCUGGCCCUCAAGGACGCGCGGGCCAAGCUGGAGGGGCUGGAGGACGCCCUGCAGAAGGCCAAGCAGGACAUGGCACGGCUGCUCAGGGAGUACCAGGAGCUCAUGAACGUGAAGCUGGCGCUGGACGUGGAGAUCGCCACCUACAGGAAGCUGCUGGAGGGCGAGGAGUGCAGGCUCAGUGGCGAAGGUGUUGGACAAGUCAACAUCUCCGUGGUGCAGUCCACCGUGUCCAGCGGCUACGGCGCCAGUGGCAGCGGCGCAGGUGUGGGCGGCGGCAGCAGCUACUCCUACAGCAGUGGCCACGGGCUCGGAGGCGGCUUCAGUGCGGGCAGCGGCAGCGGCAUCGGCCUUGGCCUUGGGGGCAGCCUGGGCUCCGCUGGGGGCAGCGGUUCCUCCAUCAAGUACAGCAGCACCACCUCCAGCAGGAAGAGCUACAGGCACUGA